AUGCCUGUGAUCCCUGUCACUCUGGAGGCUGAGAAGAAGAAAGGAAAGAAAGGUAGUGAAAACGGAGCGAAGCUCAAUGGAACUGAAGAGACAAAAGCUGCUGCUGUGGAAAGACAUGCGAGUCCCAGCCGGGAAGAGGGAAGGAAGAGAAGGAAGGAGGCGCCCACUCGGAAGGAGGAGCAGCCGCGUCCUGCAGGGAGGCCUGGCGUGCCGCCCGGCGGCUGGGGAGGGGCACCCGCGCUGGCCCCCGUGCAGACCCUCCCAACAGCCGGCCCUGCUCCAGAGGACGGCUUCCCUGGCCCUGCCAGGGCUGCCCUUCCGAGCUGGGCCUGUGAGCAGUGUGGACCCAGGGGUUCCGAAUCCCUCGGUGCGUGUGCUCGGGGGUCCUUGCGUCGGCCGUUUCUUCCGCCUGAUGUUUCCCACAAUGGGCUCAGUUCUCUGUUAAGCUGCUUGGCCAACCUGGCCACGGGGCUCGGCCUCCAGGACGACUUCAGGCUCCACCCGCCCGACCUCCUGCUCUUCUACAACCUGAGCCAGGUGAGGGAAGCUGACUGCCGAGCCUUCACCCACCGCGCUGCCCAGGGGGACACCGAGUUGCUGGCCAACCUGCCUGACCAGAGGGUGGCCCUGCGACACACAGCCCUGGCCUGCCUGGGGACGCCCCACCUGCAGCUCAGUGCCUCGGACCUGGGGCUCCUCGGGACCCUGGUGUGUGACAUGGACGCGUCCAGCAUCGUGACCGCAGACCCCCGGGUGCUGCAGAACCUGCUACGAUGUCCCCGGCUGACUGCUGCCCAGAGGGUGGCCCUCAACACCCUGCUGGCCAGUGGGAGGACCCAGCUUGGGCCUCCCGGCUCCUGGAACCUGAAGGGGCUGCAGGCCCUGGGAUCCCUGGCCACCCACAUCAGCCCCCGCCUGUGGGCACAGGUGCCCGAGGCUGUGGGCCUGGACUUCUUCCUCAGCGUGGUGGCUGCCUGCCGGGCAGGACGGCUCAGCCAGCGUGACGCCCGCCACUUCGUGACCAACUUCCUGGACUCCAAGGCGACCGCGGCAUCGUUGAGGCCCAAGCGGGGUGCAGCACUUCCUGCCGGGCGGCCCUGUGUCCACGGCGACAUCACGGCGGCCACGCUGCGUGACAACCUGUUCCUGGUGCGCUACGACUGCUCCCAGCUGCAGUCCUGCCUGGCAGACCCUGUGCUCAGGGCCAACCUGGACCCCCUGAUGCAGCACCCGCUGCCUGCCGAGUGCCAGCGCGUCAUCAAGGCCAAGCUGGCCCAGGUCUACCCACACGGCAUCCCCGAGGACCAGCUGCGACUCAUCACCUCUCUGGUCUACCUCUACUCUCGCACCGAGAUAGGCCAGUGGAACAUCACGUCCAGGGACACGGUGGUGGCCCUGCUGGCCUCGGACGUGGCUCUGGAGAACCAGACGGAGGCAGUCCUGCAGAAGUUCCUGGACCACAACGGAACCGUCACUAGUGCCCUGCUGGUGGCCAUGGGGGGCUCCCGCCUCUGCUGGAUGAGCCCCCAGCAGAUCCGGACCAUCCAGCCCUCAGAAUUACGGCUGGCCGGGGUCCUGGACGUCUCCUCCUGCCCUCAGAGCCAGAAGGACGCGCUCUUCGCCAAGGCUCGCGAGGCCUUCCGCAACACCAAGUCCACGGCCGACUACUACCGCUCCAUGCGCCCCUACCUGGGCGGUGCCCCCGUGGAGGAGCUGCAACACCUGGCCCAGGCCAACGUCUCCAUGGACAUUGACACCUUCACCAACCUCAAUCCCAGGGUGCUGCAGAGCCUGAGCGUCAGCAGCGUGACCACCCUGCUGGGCCGGAACGUGGGGGACCUGCAGAAGGCCCGCAGCCACCCCACCGUCAGCUCCUGGCUACGGAGCCUCAGCAGCUCCGCCCUGGGCCAGCUGGGCCUGGACACUGCCCGCCCCAGGCCCAGCCCUGCCCCUGUGGCCAGCAGGCCCCCCAGAAUCACCCGCCCGGCACUCCACCUGGCCCCCACCUCGGGCCUGCCCGAGAAUGACGUCGUGGCCCCCAGCUCAGGCAGCCUCCCAGUCCACCCGGGGUUUCUGCCACUCUCUGUGGCCCUGCCCUCUGGCCUCCUGUGGCUGCUGCUGCGUCGCACACCUCUGAGCCCAGUGGGGACUGCUCACGGGGCACCAGGGCCCUGGCCAGUGCAGACAGUGCUGCCCCAGGGUGACCAGGCCCACGGGCAUCACACGCAGGAAAGAGGGAGCUGCUAGGUGGAGCUGGACACCUGCCCAGGAGUGGCACAGACCCUGCCUCCCCGAAGGUCUGCAGGGCUGGACCCUCAUGCCUCAGCUCUCAGGAGUGGGGACCUGCCCAGUUACAAGCCCAGGCAGGGGGAUGAGGCCCAAGUCUCC